UUGCCAAGAACCUAAUUAAAUAACUGAUCAUAUGUAUAUAUACAUAUAGGUAUACAUAUAUGUGUGUGUGUUUGUGUGUGUGUGUGUAUAGAAGUUAUAGUCCAGGGAAAUCGUAAUGGCCUCAUGGGUUAAAAUAGAGGACACAUAGAGGCGGCACUGGAGAGGUAGCCAUUUUAAUGUGAAUGCCCAGCUAUGUCCUAGAGGUAGUUAGAUAAGUGUUCUGUGGAUUAGACAAGGCAGCUAGAAUAAGCAAGAACUUUGCCGUCUGUAAUGUACUUCUGAGCUGGGUCAGAAAUGAGACCUUUUGGUAUCCAGCCUUAGCUCCAUUGGCCCCUGUAAGUCUGUCGUGUGCUCUAGGCCUAGUCAAAGAGUGUUAAGCAAGGUGCCUAUCAUGAAUUACCCAGGGACCUUAAAAUAUUUUUGCAUAGAAAAAUGUGUCAUGACUUUUCCCACAACCUCAUAGAUGCCCAAGUAUACUCCUGAUUUUCAUGGUGCCCAGGAGCCCUGUGGGAGAGAAAUUGAAUGCAAGGCUCACCUGGAAUUCAGACAUGGGUUGAACAGUCUGGUGGACUUUGAGUUUAUAAAGGUGGUUGAAGUAGAAUGAAAUACAUAGAUGGCUGUAGAACAAAAUCACCUGAAUGAACAAGGCCGACAGUUUGGUUGGCGCUUUCUGCCCUCUGUAGACGAGGACACUGGUAUCUGAAAGAAGAGACCCGGCAGCAGCAUGGAAAUUGACCUACAAGUAGCAGAAGAGCGAGGAGAGGACAACACAGAGAAAUGCAGAGUCCAGCCUGAUGUGAACGUCUCCCCCUCCAAGAAGAGGCCCCUGCAGCACCACAACACGCUCAUCUGCCAUGUGACAGAUUUCUACCCGGGUGACAUUCAAGUCCAGUGGUUCCUGAAUGGAAAGGAGGAAACAGAUGGGGUUGUGUCCACCAGCCUGAUCCGAAAUGGAGACUGGACCUUCCAGAUCCUGGUCAUGCUUGAAACGAUCCCCCAGCAGGGAGACGUCUACACCUGCCAUGUGGAGCACCCCAGCCUGGACAGUCCUGUCACCAUGGAGUGGAAGGCACAGUCUGAUUCUGCCCGGAGCAAGACACUGACUGGAGUCGGGGGCUUCAUGCUGGGGCUCAUCAUGUUUGGGGUGGGCAUCUUCAUGUACGUGAGGAGCAGGAAAGUUCAACGAGGAUCUCGAUAAACAGGUAACAUUCUUGUUUUGUUUUUCUUGGGAGGAUGAGUAGCAGAAGGAUAUAAAUGUUUUCUUUACAUUGUGACUCCCAGCGCCUAUCAGGAAGAGUCUCAGACCUGCACGUCUCUUCAAUUUCAGCCCUUGUGUGAGUGGGCGAAGGGAUGGUCUUUCACUCUUUUGAUGAAGAAAGCUGAGCUGAAAUCUGUUUUUUAUCAGGCUGACUUAGUCUCUCACCGUAAUUUCAGUACCUGGAAUAACUUUCCUUUUAUCCCCGCAGAGUUUCUGAUCCGACUGGAAAGCGUGUUCCUUGGAACAAAUAUUUUCGAUGUUUCCUCAGUCCCAGGGGCUGGCUCAGGUCAGACUCCCAGCUUCCCGAGAAAACUUUGCUGCCACACAAUUGCUCUGAAACCAGUUUCUACAGGCUGCACUUUGAUUCAAUGUACGGUUUCUCCCAUGAGGCCCCCAAACAUGUUCCUUUCUCCUUGCUCCAUAAACAAUCAAAAUCCAACCUUACUGUUUGUUUUCUUUUUAGAAUAUGUAUCAAGUCAUCUCUGCUAUUGCUUUUGUUGAGGGUUGUGAUAAAUAGUAAGAGUUAAUAAAGAAGUUUAUUGUUGUUUAUACAAAGGCAAGAAGAAAAACAUGAAAUGGGGACAUCCCAGCUAUGGCAUAAGGUGGAAGAUCAGAUGUGGCUCUCCUAAAUUUACUGUACUUCCUUAGGCUGCCCCAUAGUCAUGUUUGGUGUCUUCAUCCACUUAGGCUUGGGACCAU